UUCUAAAUGGAAAUUGACUUGAACGUUCAGAGAGCAUGUCAAUGCAACGCAAAUGGUUAUGGAAAUGUUACCAUACAAGAUUUGAGGGAUGAAACUUUGGAAUAUCCUUCUUCUGUCACUAUUAUUCGAAACACAAUGCAUAAGGCAAGUUGUGAGAACCAGAACCGAUACUAUGAUAAAUCUAAAGCCAAUGAGUUGUUCGUUAACCCACUUCCUGAAUAUUUGAAUACAAAAUAAGAAUACAAUGUUCUUUAAAGCUUACUCGAACAAAUGAGUUGGUUAUAUAAGCACUGUUGAUUUCAAAAUAGUCAUGCAUAUUUUGGAUGAUAGAAGAAUUUAUAUUGACACAACUGCAAUUUUGGACUUCUACAUUCAUGAAGACUGCCAACGUAAAGGCCAUGGGAAACAAUUGAUGGAUUAUCUAUUACUAGUCAAAGGAAUUGAGCCUCGGAAAGUCUCUCUGUAUAAACCCAGUAAAGCAAUGUUUAAGUUCAUGAAGAAGCAUUAUGGACUCUCAGCUCGACUUGAUGAGUCAGUAGAAGUUUACACAUUCAAAGAUAUCCUUGGAUCUCCAGGAGAUGGAGAGAAUAAGUAUGAGCUUUAUCAAGAACAUUUAAAAUUUUUGGAAGAGAAGAAGAAAAAUCCAAAUAUUUUGGAUAUCCCUAUGUUCUCCUCAGCAAUGAAACCUCCUCCAAAGAAGGAUUCUACUCUUAAAAAUUCUGGAAGAAGAAUUCUAGAAAAUAGCUUAACAAAAUCUAUUGUAGGGAUUCGAAAAGAGGAGAAGAAAAUUGACCCACUUUCUUACUUUGCUUUCUCAAGAGCAAAGAAUAAAUAAAUCAAAUUAUAUAAAAGAAUCUCUUGAUGAAUUGAUGAAGCCUAUUAUACAAGACCAAAUGGGACAUGAUGCCGAUGAUAUUUCAAGAUAUCUUCCUGGAGCAGAGAAACAGCCUGACCCAAGUGAAGAAUUUUCGCAGUAUUAUGCCUCUUUUGUUCCAUCAGAUAAUGCUAUUUAUGAGCCUGGUCAAAGAGUUCUAAGACCUAUCCGGAGCCAGUUGCCCAAGGAUCUUCAUAAAAGUUUGCUGCCAAAGAAAUCCUUUCCCUUUGGAGUAACUGCAAAGGAACAAAGUGAUGAAGCCCAAAAUUUAAUCAAGAAGAAGGGAUUAAAGACGGAUGUUUAUUGAGGGAAAGAAGUUUUAGCCCCAUUAUACCAAGUCGAACUCAAAGAAAUCAAUGCCAUGAAUGAUAGGUAUAAUGCUUCAAGGGUAGAAGAACUGACUAUGAGACAAGAAAUGGAUCGCCUCGCUCAGAAAAAUAAACUGGCCAGCAUGAACAGGUAUAAUAAGUAGACCAAUUUUUAUCGAUAUUUUCAAUUUA